UGAACGCAGAACGCCCCGAGUUCGUUUCGGUCGCUCUUCAUCCUCGGGCGGUAAGAGAGAACGAGGGAAAAAAAACACCGGAAGCGAAACCCUUUUGCGCCCGCCGCCGAUGCUCUCCGCCGUGCGAUCCCGGGCCCUGGGCCAAUGGCGGACGCCGCCACACCUCUCCCCGCGCCUGCUCUCCUCCGCCAGUGCCUCCCCGGCGCGGCCCGCGGAGCUUCUGGAGCUCUCGGAGGUGGAGAAGGUGCUGCGCGAUGUCCGGGCGGGGGACGUGCGCGUGUUCCCAGUCGGUGAGGGCGGGCUGCACGGCGGCUCCUGUGCGGACUACAUGGUCGUCGCCACCGGCCGCUCCGACUGGCACGUCCGCAACAUCGCCCAGGCUAUAAUCUACAAGAUAAAGCAGAAGCAGAAGGGUUCUGAUCGAAUAUUGAUGCCGAGUGUAGAAGGCCAACAAGCUGGAAAGUGGGUCGUCAUUGAUUCUGGAAGUAUCAUCAUCCAUGCCCUUGAAGAAAGAGCAAGAGAGUAUUAUGAUUUGGAAAGUAUUUGGACAAAGGAGGUGUCCCCUAACAUUUCUGUUCAGGAGUUAGAGACAUCACUUGUGAAGACACGCCGCAGGGACCACUCGCAGAAACCCAUGAAGAGCAUUUGAACUAAAUGUGCUGGUGCCAUGAUCAUCUGUGGUGGCCUCCAUAAGAUGAGAUGCAUCUACAAUUACAUGCAGGUUUUGUACAAGGUUCGCAAGGUUGACAGCGCCAAGCAUGUUCUGCAUCCACGUAAAUCUUUUCUACCAGGGGGGCCAUUAACGGUGUUCAACAGCCCUGAGGGACAGGUUUGACGUCAGGAUUCAGGAUAUCGUGUUGCCUCUGUUCAAGCUUGUUUUAGCAUUUUGUUGCAUGCAAGUACAAGGCUGAGAGUGAACCGCCUUUGUUUUGCUUUUGUUGUUAUUCACCUCUUUAGCCAAGUACUGUAAUAAUACUUGAAUAGUAACAGAGGGGACUUGUGUACGUGGCGGGGUGCUUGUUAGCGGGUACUGUAGCGAUAUAUGUGAAAUUUCGGGCCUUUGCGUCCAAACGUAAUGGGUUUGCUGAAUUCA